ACAGCCCCGCCCGCUGUGACGCGCUUGCGGCGCGCCGGCGCGGUGCAUGCCGGUGCGGUGGCGGGACCAUGGCGAGCGAUUUCUACCUGCGGUACUACGUGGGGCACAAGGGCAAGUUCGGCCACGAGUUCCUUGAGUUUGAGUUCCGGCCCGACGGGAAGCUGCGCUACGCCAACAACAGCAACUACAAGAACGAUGUCAUGAUCCGAAAGGAGGCUUACGUGCAUAAGAGCGUGAUGGAGGAGCUGAAGAGAAUAAUCGACGAUAGCGAGAUCACAAAAGAAGAUGAUGCUCUGUGGCCUCCUCCUGACAGAGUUGGUCGACAGGAGCUUGAAAUAGUGAUCGGUGAUGAGCACAUCUCCUUUACUACGUCAAAAAUCGGUUCGCUCAUUGAUGUAAAUCAAUCCAAGGACCCAGAAGGCUUGCGAGUGUUUUACUACCUGGUCCAGGACCUGAAGUGUCUAGUCUUCAGUCUUAUUGGACUGCACUUCAAGAUUAAGCCAAUUUAAAUCAAUCAAGCUGAAGUUUGUAUCGCAGUGUCUGUACGGGGGG